AUAUCCCCAAAACAACCUUUAGUAUUGGAACGGAAGCGAUUUCUCUCUCGUCGCCGUCGUAUCAAACCUCGCCGCCGUAGCCGUCAACGCAUCUUUCAUUUCGGGAAUGGCGAACAAGAUUGCAAUGUUUCUCUCGGAAGCAAUGAACAACAAUGCUGUGAUAAACACGUGUCUAGGAGUAUCGUUUGUGGUUUUGGGAUUGAGAUCUGAUAAACAGCAGAAGUAUGUUGAGGCCUUAGCAGAGCAGAAGGAGUCACUCUUCAAGUCUAAUAAGGCAAUGAAACUCACCAUGUGGGAGUGGAAACAGCAGCUCUUUGCUGAAGCUGCCUCUGCGGGUAAUGCCGCGGUUGUUCCUUUGUCGACGCUUAAGGCCAUCUAUGGUGAAGUUACCACCACAACCAAUCAAUCUGGUGACACAGCCAAGGAAGAUUCUAAAGUGUCCACUCCCAAGAUCAUGAUAUGAGAGGUUGUUAAAUUUUUGGUAGGUUCAUUUCACUUCAAAUUAUUCACUCGGCUAAAGUAAAGAUUAGCAUUUAGUCUCAUCAUUUGCAUAAAUUGCACUUGUAAACUAGUUUGGCAUCUAUUGUCUGUUGUUGUGAUCUUUUUUUUUUGUACCUCCUGGUAUGGACAAAGCUCCUAAAAUAAGGUAAGACCCUCCUUUGGGUUGAUUCUUAAGGCUUUCACUAUGUACCAUUAGUCCAAAAUUUGGAGACGACAAAGCCUUGUUUGUUGGGUAAACUUGAAAAGAAAAAUCCAAUUUUGUUACAUG